AUGGCUGUACAAGAUCUCGACGAUAAAGUGGUGAUCACCCACCCCAAAAACCCAAACACCACGGCCACUAUCCUCAAAUACGGCGCCACGGUCAUCUCGUGGAAGAAAAAUGGUCAGGAGCAACUCUGGCUCUCAGAAGGAGCAAAGUUGGACGGGCUGCGUCCCGUGAGAGGCGGAAUUCCCCUUGUUUUCCCCGUGUUCGGCAAGCAGAAGAACGAAAACCACCCGACUUUCAAGUUGCCCCAGCACGGCUUUGCGAGAAACUCGCAUUGGGAGUUUUUGGGUCAAGUUUCUGAGGAGCCUGUGGCGGUGCAGUUUGGCUUGGGCCCAGAGAACGUCGAUAAGGAAUUGUACAAGCUCUGGGACGAGGGCAAAAACGACUUCACGUUGAUUUUGACCGUCUCGUUGGCCGAAGACAGCUUGACCACCAGCAUAGACGUGGAAAACACCGGAUCGCAGCCAUUUGACUUCAACUGGUUGUUCCACACGUACUACAAAGUGGACGACGUCACCGACACGUUGGCCACCAACUUGAUGGACUCCAAGUGCUUUGACCAGUUGUUGGGCGAGCACUACGUGGAGAAGCUGCCCAUGCUCAGUUUCCAGGAGGAGUUCGACAGAAUCUACGAGAAUGUCGAUUUGCACAAGGUGAUCCAGUUGGUCGACCGUGGCAACGUGUUGUUGACGUUGGAGAGACACAACUUGCCCGAUGCCGUGGUGUGGAACCCCUGGGUCAAGAAGAGCGAGGGCAUGGCCGACUUUUUGCCCAAGGACGGCUACUUGAAGAUGUUGUGUGUGGAGCCUGGACACGUGGCGUCGUUUGUGACUCUAGACAAGGGGGCCAAGUGGCUGGCAGCACAGAAAAUGACGCCUUCGGGGGAAAUCAAGGUGCAAACCAACAUCUACGAGGCCUGA